AUGUUUAUUGAAACUUUUACAGUGUGUGGCCUUGCGUCGUUGGACGAUCGCUCCUUCCGGUUUCAACCGGGACUAAACGUCCUUCACUGUGAUGGCCCCACCACGGUUCUGGUUAGUGAAGUCGUACGGUGGUUUUUGUACUGCCGCGAAGCGAGUGAUUUUCGGCUAUCGAUGGAACUUUCAUCCCAGCAUGGCUACGUUGAAAUGAGGAUUCGCUUGGUUGGAAACCGGGAAGCGUUUCGGGAAUGGCGAGGAAAAAAGCGUUCUACUGAUCCCGAUCGGAUUUGCUUGCAGCGAGUAUUCCGCAAACCUCAUACGGUGAAAGUCGACGGGUGUUUCCAGAUGCAAUUUGAGCAGUUCUGUAGCGAGAUGGAACAGACUGGAGUAUAUUUCCGGACCGAGAGUUUUUCUCCACUCAAUGUGCUUGGACGUAACGAAAUCAGCCGGUGGGUAACUCCAGCUAGAAGUUUGUGGAAAAUCGUUCACGAGUGCCUUAAAAUCGAAGCUUUCCGUGAUCACGCCAAUCAAGAUCAAUUAUUUAAGAGUAUCCAAAGAAGGAAGUUGAACAGUACAAAAAUCUACGACUUCCAGGAAAAGAUAGAUGAACUCAAUGGAAAAAUUGAUGGCACUAAAAUGUUUCUAAAACUAAAGGCUAAUGUAGAUAUGCUUGCUGGUGGUAUUGCUAAGAAAGAGUUAAAUAUCUACCAGCAGGUACUGAACACUUACGAAACUAAGCUUAUGAAAGUGGUUCGAGAAAACGAGCUGAUGGAAGAAAGGCUUGUUACGUUAUCUAUUAAGCUGGACGAAGAAACAGGUGUGUUUCCACAAUUGCUUGACUUGAUGAUUGCGGAUAUUGAACGUGAUGUACUGGACAGUGUACAUGACAAAGGAAAUGCAAUGUAUAAUCAACCAAUGUUUGAUCUAACGAACAAUUUGGAAGACGAUAUCAACAAAUCUUUGGGUCAAAUUCAGGCUAAGUUAGACAGCAUUUUGAUUCAAAGUAACAUAAUUGAUGAAUUGAAUGCAAGCGUUACUCAAACUGAGAGCGAAAUAGAAUUGAAUGAGAAUUGUUUGCACUUGCUAUGCAUGACAGGUGACGAUCGCAUGACGGAACUUGGGGAUUACAAGAGAUCGGUGUUUCAAUUGGUAGAAAAGACUAGAGCUGAAUUAUUUCAAUUUGAAAUCGGAGCCACUUCGCUAGACCAUCUAAUUAAAAGAAGUAGGACUUGCCUUGUGAUGCCAGAGCAAUCUAAUGAACGGGUCUUUCUGCUUCGAAAAGGCAAAGAUCUUUCCAAUGAACUUGGAGAAGUAACACGAGUUCUACUAAAAUCAAAACUAUCGACGUUGGAUCUCUAUAGAAAGCUUUCACAAAAUGAAUCCCUUAUUUUAAACAAUGGCAGAAAAAUUGAUUCCUUGUCAUAUGAAACGAUUCGUGGUGUAGCAGAAAUCAGGCAUUUCAUUGAAACAACCGAUAUCUCAGAUUUGAAAUCUAACUUUGUCGGGUUUGUAUUCGAACAUUUGAUGUUUUCAGAACCAGCUGUAACUGCUUCGGUAAUCCCAUAUUUGACCCAUCUGCUAACAGUAGCUGUGUUUUGGAAACAAGAUCUCAUGAUGAAUGUGGUGAAGAAUCUUCGACCUACAAUCUGUUAUGAUGUCCUGGCGAUUGAUAUGGUUUUGAGCGAUGCGAUACCGUCUCCUGAACAUGUUAAAGAAAAUGUUUUCCCUCUGACCAACCUUCUUGUUGAAAGCCCAAUCCAUCCGGUAUUAGUUAAUCUGCUGAAACCAUACUAUUACACUACUGAGACGAGCGGGGAAACUAGCUACGAAGUUGGUCCGGAUUGUACCGUAAUAUAUUUGAACGAGGAUGUAAUGUUCAACGAGGGCGGAUGUUUGACCGGAGGAUAUUUACCCAGUGGUGAUAUAUUGAUUGUAACGUUGAUGAGCUCCUUGGAGUUAUUUAGGGAGUCAAUCGACAUCAAACAACACCUGGAAAUAGCGAAGAAAUCUAUCUUGGAACUGCAGGAUCGUAUGAGCCGUAUCCAGAUCGAGCUAGUAGCAGUCGGCGAAGAUUCAUUUAAAAGAUUCGACAAUCUAUACCACUCGAUUCUUGACUGGUUUUCACUUCCGACCAAUCUGUUACACCUAAAAGAUCAACGGAAAGCAUGGACUCGUAAAAAGUGUCAACUAGCUUCAUGGAAUUCGUUGCUCGAGUUGGUAGCAAAGGACCAGUAUGAGGAUCGCUCACACUAUCAACAGAUCGUGAUCGAUCGGAACAAUUCGCUUGCUCCCCUGAGGCGCAAAUUGCAUCAAAACGAAACCUCAUACAACAAGAUGCUGAUAGAUCUUAAAGAUGAUCUCAGAGUCUUACGCGAGUUACUUUUUCACGCGAAUGCGAUUCGUCAUUUUACUGCGCUUCCAGAACUCCGACAGCAACUGACGAGGGUCUGGGACGAUUUCGGAAAGGAUUUGCAUGAGAAGUUGAAUCUGCUGAGAACCGAACUGGCCGGCCGAGAUCAGACUGUUCUUUUGAACGAACUAGAUCAGUUGGAACAGGAAUCGAUCGAACCGCAGCGUAAGUUGAUGGAACUCAAUGAUCGGCUUAGAGAAGCUGACGGUUUCUAUCAAGAAUUGUGCGACCAACUUAAGGGAACACAAGUGAAUCGAAAGCAGAUUAAAUUAUCUCGAAACGAUGAUCUCAAACGACUGUAUCAAUACAAAAGGCAGCUUUAUGACAAAGAUACUCAACCAGGUUACAAGGAGGACGAAAUUGCGAAAUUUAAAUUCAAGCUACAACUGCUGUACGAAGACGAGCGGUUGGCCACGAGCUACAGAACGUUACACUUAUCUAAUAUGACUCUGCCUUGCAUCGAAAAACUGAUCGUGAUCAAACUCCGACUGAUUACCCAGAUGAUGGCAGGAAUCCCAGAGUUUCUACGGGAAACAGGAACGCUAAGAUUGAACUUUCAGUACGAAUGCUUGUCGACUGCUGAGGAUAAAUCAAAGAGCAAUAUCUUUAGCAUCAACAAUACCGUUGGGCUUUCUGUGGACUUUGUGGACGAUGAUCAAAAUGUUAUUAACAAAAGUGUCUUGGCCUGGGCGCAUUUACUAUUCUUCAUUUGUUUUCUCUCAGUCGAAGGUUGUAAAUUCCUUCUACUGCGCGAUUGUUUAACGGAUCUCGACGAAGACGCCGAACGUAAAAUGAUCGCUCUGUUGGGAAUUCUUUCUCGAAAUAUGCAAAUUUUCGUAACCGCUAAAUCAAACCAUUAGUAUAUUUACCUCUAUGUUGAAUAUUA